AUGCACUUCUUCGACACGCUCAUCCUCAACAACACCUUCACCUCACCCUGGGAAUACAUCCGCAAGAUCUCCCCCCAACCCCGCACCGACGACGCCUUUAUAACCGACUACGACUACAUCCAACCCCUCGUAGACCCGUCCUCCAUCGACCUCCGCUGCGGCAGAAACGCCUCUACCGCAUGGAACACGCCCAAAACAGCCGUCGUCCGCGCCGGCGACACAGUAGGCUUCGCAGUGAACACGACCGUCGGCCUGCCCAUCAAAGACGCGCCUGUCAACCCAUGGGAUAGAUACGCAAACAUGUACCAUCCUGGCCCGCUAACGGUCUGGCUUUCCCCGGCGGAGGACCUGUCCGCCUACCAAGGCACAAACCCCUGGGUCAAGAUUCUCUCCGUCGUUAAUAGAACUGCGCAGUCUGUCCCGCCCUCCGACGACUACACUUGGAAACACCAAUGGGGCGCAUACCAAGCGCCGAGUUGGAACUUCACCAUCCCCGCGUCUACGCCGGCAGGUGCCUAUCUGCUGCGCAUCGAGCAGAUUUAUCCGGUGCCGGUGGGGGAAUUAGGAAGCCUGGGCGCGCAGUUUUAUGUCAAUUGUGCGCAUUUGAGGGUUGUCAACGACGGGGAGGCGAAGGAGGUGGGGGACGAUUUCAAAGUUGGCAUCCCGGGGGUGUACACUUAUGGUCAGCCAGAGAUAUAUAGGUGGGUGGAUAUCGGGAAUGAGACGUUUGAUAUUAGGGAUUGGGUGGAGCCAGGACCCAAAGUGUGGGAGGGGUGA